CUCUGGUUAUUCUUGCCGCGGGUUCCGGCUGCGUUGGGCGUGCGCGGAGCUCGCUGCGACGAUGGCGUCCGGGCCUCACCCGAUCCCGGCCGCGGCCUCGGCCUCCUCGGCCUCGUCCUCUUCGGCCUCGGCUCCCGCCUCCUCCUCGUCGGCCGCCUCUUCUUCCUCGGCCCCCGCGGUGACUGCGGCGGCCUCGGGGGGUCCGGUCUCGGCGGCCUCCGGCAGUGGCCCCGCGGCCGGAAUCCUCAUCGGCGACCGGCUGUACUCGGAGGUGUCGCUGACCAUUGACCAUUCGCUGAUCCCGGAGGAGCGGCUGUCGCCCACGCCGUCGAUGCAGGACGGCCUCGACCUGCCCAGCGAGACGGACCUACGCAUCCUGGGAUGCGAACUCAUCCAGGCCGCCGGCAUCUUGCUUCGGCUGCCCCAGGUGGCGAUGGCGACGGGGCAGGUGCUGUUCCACCGCUUCUUCUACUCCAAGUCCUUCGUCAAACAUAGUUUUGAGAUUGUUGCCAUGGCAUGUAUCAAUCUCGCUUCCAAAAUUGAAGAAGCACCUCGUAGAAUAAGAGAUGUGAUAAAUGUUUUUCACCAUUUACGACAGUUAAGAGGAAAAAGGACACCAAGCCCCCUGAUCCUUGAUCAGAACUACAUAAACACCAAAAAUCAAGUAAUCAAGGCAGAGAGAAGGGUAUUGAAGGAAUUGGGAUUUUGUGUACAUGUCAAGCAUCCACACAAGAUCAUUGUUAUGUAUUUACAAGUCUUAGAAUGUGAACGGAAUCAAACCCUGGUUCAGACAGCCUGGAAUUACAUGAAUGACAGCCUUCGAACCAAUGUUUUUGUUCGAUUUCAACCAGAGACAAUAGCAUGUGCUUGUAUCUACCUUGCAGCUAGAGCGCUUCAGAUUCCACUGCCAACUCGUCCUCAUUGGUUUCUGCUCUUCGGUACCACAGAAGAAGACAUUCAGGAUAUCUGCAUAGAAACACUUAGGCUUUAUACCAGGAAAAAGCCAAACUAUGAAUUGCUGGAAAAAGAAGUAGAAAAGAGGAAAGUAGCUCUCCAAGAAGCUAAAUUAAAAGCGAAAGGAUUGAAUCCUGAUGGAACUCCAGCCCUGUCGACACUGGGUGGCUUUUCUCCAGCUUCUAAACCAUCAUCACCAAGAGAAGUAAAGCCAGAAGAGAAAACACCAAUAUCGACCAGUAUGAAGACCAUCAAAAAAGAACCGGAAGAUAGACCACAGGCAUCCAAGAGCCCUUACAACGGUGUUAGGAAGGACAGCAAGAGAAGUAGAAACAGUAGAAGCGCCAGUCGGUCGAGAUCACGAACAAGGUCACGUUCUCGAUCUCAUACGCCAAGAAGACAUUAUAACAACAGACGGAGUCGGUCGGGAACGUACAGCUCAAGAUCGAGGAGUCGCUCCCGCAGUCACAGCGAGAGUCCCCGGAGGCACCACAACCACGGCUCUCCACACCUCAAAGCCAAGCACACCAGGGAGGAUUUGAAAAGCUCAAACAGACACGGCCACAAGAGGAAAAAAUCCCGCUCUCGCUCUCAGAGCAAAUCUCGGGAUCAUUCCGACGCUGCCAAGAAGCACAGGCACGAACGGGGACACCACCGGGAGAGGCGCGAGCGCUCUCGGUCCUUCGAGCGGGCCCACAAAGGCAAGCACCACGGCGGGAACCGCUCGGGACACGGCAGGCACAGGCGCUGAUCCUCGGCUCGGAGCCUGCAUCAUUCCUUAGUAGUUACACGCCUAUCUACAUUAUGGUGUAUGGACUCUUAAUUGAAAUAUUAGAAACAAACUGAUUAGGAAUUGAUUUAUUAAAAGCCCUCUAGGUUUUUAGAAACAUUGAGGACAUUUUCUUUUGGAAGAACUAUGUUAAUUUUUUGCACAUUAAAAUGCCCUAGCAGUAUCUAAUUGAAAACCAUGGUCAAGUUCAAUUGUACCUAUUAUAGUUGUGUAUUGUUUAUCAAUAUAAGAACUGGAGAGUGGUCUUCUGUAAAAAUGUAUCUUAUUUUUAUACGGAUAAAUUGCAGACAUUAUACUAUUUAAGUAUGGUUAUUUGUUUAAAUGAUGGUGGACACUUUCUUACACUGGUUUGUCUGCAUGUGUAAAGAUUUUUACAAGGAAAUAAAAAUAUAAAUCUUGGGUUUUUUUUAAAACUGCCUCUUCAAAUAUCUUAUUUAAAUAAAUUAUUAAAUUGAAAUUUGAACGUUGAA